AUGACGACCUCCUGGCCACCGCUGAUCAUUCGUGACUACCCCUGGCCACCCCUGACUCAUUGGCCAUUAAGCCCCGCCUUCACUCGCCCUUUGGUCAUUUUCGAUCCCGUUCAAUCUACGACUCUCUCAUCUAAUGUGCAAUUCUCGCCUCCCAAUCAUCUUGUACCCUUCACUACCCGACCACUUCUGGCCAACCCUGACGGUGCACAACCCCCCACCCACGAGCCAUCCAGACAGAUGACACCCACGACCACCUCCCCACUACCUCCCUCCCCCGACUCUCCCACGACCACCUCCUCACGAUCACUGACUCACGAUCACUUCCUCACGAGACCACUCCGACCACCUUCCCGACCGCCACGACCACCUCCCCAAUCAUCUCCCACGACUACCGUCCCCCGACCACCUCCCCGACCACCUCCCACGACCACCUCCCACGACCUCUCCCCGAUCUCUUCCUCACGAGACCAUUCGACCACCUUCGACCACUUCCGACUUCCUCCCACGACUACCUCCGACGACUCCCUCCCCAGACCACCUUCCCAACCACUUCACACGACCACCUCCCGACUACCUCCCCACACCGACUACCUCCCGCUACCUCCCGACUACCUCCCGACUACCUCCCGACCUUCUCCGACGACCUCCCGGACUACCUCCCCGACUACCUCCCGCGACUACCUCCCGACUUGUUGUUGUUUUGUUGUUGACUACCUCCCGACUACCUCCCCACGGCUCACCUCCCGACUACUCUCCCGGUUCCCCGACGCUUCCACGACUACCUCCCGACGACUACCUCCCGACGACUACCUCCCCGACUACCUCCCGACGACCUGCCUCCGACUACCUCCCGGACUACCUCCCCACUACCUCUCCUCCGGCUACUCCCGGCUACCUCCCGACUACCUCCCGACGACUACCUCCCACGACUACCUCCCGACUACCUCCGACUACCUCCCGACUACCUCCCGACGACUACCUCCCCGACUACCUCCCGACGACUACCUCCCGACGACUACCUCCCACGACUCACGACUACCUCCCGACGACUACCUCCCACGACUACCUCCCACUACCUCUCCACGACACAUUCUACCGCAUCACUCUUAA